AAAGAGCGCAGGGACUGUGGGGUGGUAUAGUGUGGCGUGCGUGUGCGCUAAUAGACCAUUGUCUAGGCCGACUACGCCUAUUCCUCCUGCGAACCCUACUUUGUAUAACACGCACUAGCGCUGGAAGCGCGGCGAAAUUUACAUCAAAUAGUAGUACAAAAUGAGUUGUCAACAGGGGUUUAGCCCUGUGCGCACGACCCCAGCAGCCCCAUGUGGGACAUGUCCCAUGCCGUUGCACGGCGCCUCGCUCCCCAGCCUCCGCCGCCGCUUCCCCCAUCCCCAAACCCAAGCCCCUUUCACCCCAACCAAACAUCCCCAAUUCCCCAUCCCUGCGCGCUUGCCGCUCGCUCGAGCCGGUCUGGGCAUGUUUGACGACCCAAUUGUCGCUCGGCCGCCCGUGAACCCCGACCCCUCCCUCUUCAACGAAGACUUCUCGCCCACAACCGCCGACAAGCGCACCUUCGACACCGCCGAUUACGCGACCUUUUGGAUCACGCUUGUCAUCUCCAUCACCACCUACUACCUGGCUGCAAGCCUGGUGGACCUAGGCAUGUCCUGGUGGCAGGGCAUCCUCACCGUGCUGGCUGGCAACACCCUCACGCUGGCGCCCAUGGUGCUCAACGCGCACCCGGGCACCAAGUACGGAGUGCCCUUCCCAGUGCUGGCGCGCGCCAGCUUCGGAAUACGGGGCGCCCACCUGCCCUCCCUGGCUCGCGCCCUGGUGGCAUGCGGCUGGUUCGGCAUCCAGACCUGGAUCGGCGGCUCCGCAGUGCACCAGAUGCUGGCGGCGCUGGGGGGCGGGGGGCUGCUGGGGGGCGGGGCGGUGCUGGGGUGGCUGGGUAUCACGGCGGGCGAGCUGGGCUGCUUCCUGGGAUUCUGGGCGGUGCAGGUGUGGAUCCUGCUUCGCGGCAUGGAGUGCAUCCGGCUGCUGGAGCGCUACUCCGCCCCCCUGCUGCUGGGGCUGUCGGGUGCGCUGCUGGCCUGGGCGCUGGGGGCGGCGGGCGGGGUGGGGCCCAUGCUGGCGGCCCCCUCGCAGUUCGGACCGGGGAUGCCCAAGGCGGGCCAGUUCUGGCGGGUGUUCUGGCCCGCAGUGACCGCCAAUGUGGGCUACUGGGCCACCCUAUCGCUCAACAUACCCGACUUCACACGAUACGCCAAGAGCCAGAGGGACCAGCUGCUCGGCCAGGCGCUGGGUCUGCCCCUCUUCAUGUGCCUCUUCACCUUCCUGGGUCUGGCCGUCACCUCCGCCACCGUGGUAAUCUUCGGGCAGCCGGUGGCGGACCCCGUGGCGCUGCUGGGGCGCAUGCAUGGGCUGGGACCCAUCUGCCUGGCGCUGUUUGGCCUCAUGUGGGCCACCCUCACCACCAACAUCGCGGCCAAUGUGGUCGCACCCGCCAACGCAUUCGUAAACUGUGCGCCCAAGCUCAUCUCGUUCGAGGCCGGCGGUCUGCUGACAGCCCUGCUGGGCCUACUCCUGAUGCCCUGGCGCCUCGUCUCCUCCACACACGGCUUCGUUAACACGUGGCUCAUAGGCUACUCCGCGUUGCUGGGCCCCGUGAUCGGGAUCGUGAUGGCCGAUUACUUCAUCGUACGGCAACGCCAGCUGGACAUUGAUGCGCUGUACAGCAGGGGGGAGCAGGGGGCGUACUGGUACAAGGACGGUUGGAACCCCGCAGCCCUGUGGGCCAUGCUGGCCGGUGUGCUGCCCACCCUGCCCGGCUUCCUGGCCACACUGGGACUGCUACACGGCCUGCCGCCCGUGUUUGGACUGUUGUACGACUGCGCGUGGUUUGUGGGGGUGGGGGUG